GAAAAACUAUUGAACUGUAUAAAUCGUAAUAACUUCAAUGUCUAUUUUGGUCUGAAAAUUAUUUAUUUUUUUUCGUGAUUAACUUAUAUACGUGGGUUGUGAACUGCGCAAGAACUCGGUUAUCUUUAAAUGCUCGCAAUUCUAUAGCAAAUCCUCUUUUUUCACCAAGAACUUUCAACUAUGUUUCCACAGACAAUAACGUUUUUAGUUUUAAUUUUUUGUAUCAACCUAUGGCAAAGCCAAGAAGUAGAAAGUGUAAGAUUAUGCGGUCAAAAAUUAGCAGAUUUGCUUAAUUAUAUUUGUCAGAAUUCUGGUGGUUUUCAUUCACCAAGCCAUAAACAAACUGAAGAAAAUAUCUCGGAAAGAUCGGAAGGAGUUGUUGAAGAAUGUUGCAGAAAAUCAUGUAGUCAAUCUACACUACUUUCAUAUUGUGCAGGACCGACAAAUGAGGACAUUUCUUUUCUUAAUAAUUUAAACAAUAUUAAUGCAAAUGAGGAUACUUACAUUGUGGAAAAUCAGGAAUUUGGCGCAACAACUUCUUCAUUCCUGGAAUACAGCAACAUUCAGCCUAUAAAUAUUGGUCAAACAGUGAGAAAUAGACCAAUUUUUAUCGUUUUACCACAAGCUGAGGAAAUCAGCAGUGAAGAUUUUAAAAUAUGACUCGAACUUUCUAAGCAGCAGAGAUGACUUCGAACUGUUAUUAAACCUCUUUUGAAAAUUAUUUUCCAAACAUUGUACUUGUGAUAAAUAUUUUUAUAAUUACUAUAAGCUAAAUUACUGUUCUUAGCUUAUUAGUUUUCUGUUUGUAUCAAGGCUAAACUCUAUCAGUAACCUAACUGUCAUGUCUAAAAUGGAUUGUCACAAAAGCAAUGUUGCCUCUGAUAGAUUGGUUGUGCCAUCUACAUAAACAAUGGUUGUCAUUAGCUCCAUUUUAUCUGGACAAAGCUAACUUAUAAAAGGAGAUAAAAUAUGAUUUAUCACGUUUAAAAAAUCCCAGAAUAAUGUAAAGCCAUAACUAUUAAUAUUUUUAUAAAUUAGAAAUGUUCUUAAUAAUCACUUGUAUAGUUAUAUAGUAUUUAAAUCAAUGAAAACGUUUGAAGUAAUAAAGAGAGUUUGAAACAAAUAUUGUUUUGCUUUAAAAUAAUUGCAUGAAAUAAUUUCUUUACAACAUUGUGUUUGCUUUUCAAA